ACAAGAGAGACGUAUGCUAAUGGAGCUCUGCUAUCCCUUAAAAAGUUAAAACACCUCCUCAACAUGCAGGAAACCCACAUGCACCUCCAGGGCCUUCAUCCUCAAGAGCUUUUACAGUGAGAGAAAGGUCUCCGGGUAAGAGAAAAUCAAGAGAUUUUGCAGUGAGAGAGUGAGAAACCUCAGAAUUCAUCAUGGGUCUGGAAUCAAAACCUUUUGACAUGGACCCAGCCUUCAUCCAAGCCCCUGAGCACAGGCCCUCAGCCAUCUCUCACCAAUUUGCAGAAGGUGUCCCCAUAAUCGACCUCUCUCCUCUCUUGUCGCCCGAUUCCAAGAAAUCGAACCUUCUCUCUAUAGAAUUUAUAGAUCCUGCGACUCUCUCAACUUUGGUGGAUAAAAUCAAACAUGGGUGCAAAGACUGGGGUUUCUUCCAAGUCAUAAACCAUGGGGUUCCAAUAGAGCUUAGAAGAGCUGUAGAGGAAGUGUCUAUCAAAUUCUUUGGAUUUCCAUUGCCGGAGAAGCGAAAAGUUCGGCGAGAUGAGGAGAAUACAAUGGGGUAUUAUGAUGAGGAGAAUACAAAGAAUGUGAGAGAUUGGAAAGAGGUAUUUGAUUUCUCGGUGAGGAGCCCCAUUGUAAUUCCGGAGCUUGAGGGCGACAGCAUAAAAAGUGUCACCACCUUGGCGAACCAGUGGCCGGAGAAUCUGCCAGAAAUGAGGAGCGUAUGCAAAGCAUAUGCACAGGCCACUCAGAAGCUUGCAGUACGAUUGCUAGAGCUCAUUUCAUUGAGCUUAGGAUUGCCAGUCUCACGCUUGAAUGCUUUUUUCAAGGACCAGACAAGUUUUAUAAGGUUGAAUCACUACCCUCCAUGCCCAUCUCCAAAUGAGGCACUAGGAGUGGGAAGACAUAAAGAUUUUGGAGCCCUAACUGUGCUCGCACAGGACGACGUUGGUGGUCUCGAGGUGAAGCGCAAGGAUGGUGAGUGGGUCGCUGUGAAGCCGGUGCCAAAUUCUUAUAUAAUCAAUAUAGGGGAUAUAAUUCAGGUGUGGAGCAAUGAUGAGUACGAGAGUGCGGAGCACAGAGUGGUAGUGAACUCCAAGAGGGAGAGGUUUUCAAUGCCCUUCUUUUACAUACCUUCUGCUUGUGAGUUCAUAGAGCCACUUGAAGAAAAGAUGUCUGAGAAAAAUCCCCCAAACUAUUUACCAUACAAUUGGGGUCACUUUUAUAUUAGCAGAAAACUUAGCAAUUUCAAGAAGAGGAACACUGAAAACCUUCAGAUACAGCACUUUAGAGCAUCCAAGCUGAAUGCUUAGGGGGUUUGAAACUUUAGGAAGUAAUCAAAUAUGUAAUGAAAUAAUAGGCCUGUAAAGAGUCUUUGAAGUAGUCAUACAAUUUAAUAUAUGACUUAUACUGUGAAAUGUAAGCUUGGAACACUAUGAUUUUAUUCUAUGUAGAUAUAGUGCCAUGCUUGGGCUAUCUAGACAUGUUUGCUUUUGUUGGUCUA